AUGGGCUGGUUCGGCGGCAGCAGCCAGAAGGAGGGCAUCGAGCCGGGACAGGCGCCGACGCGCGCGCAGCGCAAGCUCUGCUGGGAGAACCGCGAUGCGUACUUUGCCUGUCUGGACCAGAACGGCAUCAUGCAGGCUGACGACGGCGAGCUCGGCGACAAAGCCGGCGUCUGCAAGGACUUCCGUAAGGCGUACGAGGGGGCUUGUGGAAAGUCUUGGCGUCGCGUGCUUGAGAUCCGGUCGCAGAAGACGCUCGAGGCUGCGGCCGCACAGCGUGGCGAAGCCGCCCCUCCCCGGAAAUAA